AUGCAGGAGAUCGAGAGGGCGCCAGAGGAGACCCAGCAGGCGAUCGUCGACGUCGGCGCUGGGCUGCUGGCGCUGGUGCUGCUGCCGCUGCUCGCGUGCAGCCUCAUGGCCGUGAUCAUUAUAUGGCGCCGCAACCCCGGGCUGUGCCUCAGCAUCACGGGGGUGUACUUCGGCCUCCUGGCGUUGGUGGUCCUUUUCCGCAACGCGCCCCCCGAGCAGGUCGUCGCCGUCGGGCAGGUGCCCAUCGCGCUGAUAUUUGUGAUUCUCGCCCGCGAGCAGCUGGUGCACGUGUUCGACGACACGCAGACCUGGAAGGCCCAGGGGCUCUUCCUCGCGGUGCUCCUGCUGCUGAGGUAUUUGCUGACACUGGGGAUACCGGUACGCCAAACUGACCAGUUUUAUGCGGCGGCCGUGCUGGUGUUGCAGCUGGCCAGCAGGCAGUGGCUCGCCGCGCAGUGCGCCGCGGCCCAGCUCGGGCUGCCGAGCGCCUUCCGGCGCGAGGCCUGGGCGCCCCGCUGGAGCGGCCUGCUGUUCGCGCGCGAGCCUGCCCCCGUCAACGACUGCACCGUCGCGAGUAACCUGGGGCCGCGCGGGCCCCAUGGGGCCGCGAGGUCCGUGGGCCAAGAUGGGGGCCGGCAGUCGGGGUUUGAAGUUUUUGAGGUUUUCGGCCAUGUGCCCACCAUGCAGGAUCGCGCGGUGAUUUGCCAAGCCUGCGCUACCUACCUUGUCCUGCCCGAUGGGCACUGCAAGACAUUGAAGCAGCAGUGCGGCGGCGUGGCUCUGAACGAGAAUACCUUGGUGACGCUUGAGCCUUGCCGUCAUUUUGUCGGCUGCGAGCUCGCGUUUCGAGCCCAGUGUCUGUCACCCAGACAGCUGCUCUUUGGGCUCCCCUUGCACCGCAACGCGGUGCUAGUCUCGCAGGAGGAGCAGAUCGAGCUGUUCGCUAGGCUGGUCCCCGACGAGGCCAAGCGGACCCAGAUCUCGCGCACCCACCUCGAGAUCUCGCUCGACGGCCCGGGCGACACGGCGCGGCUCACGAGGCUGUCGCAGAGCGCCCUGCUCCUGAACGGCGCCCCCGUGGCCUUCCGCCAGCCAGUGCCUCUGCCGCACGGCAGCCAGCCCCCUUUGCGGGGCAGGGACUUCAAGAAGACGCACGCCAACUGA